CACGAGGGGCAACUUCACCGGGAGCCUCCCGCGCCCUCCUCCUGUCGCCCACAAUAGCCCGCAUCAUCACCAGCAUCAUCAUCACUAUCCUCAUCAUCCUCCUCAUCAGCAUCAGUGUGAUGAAGCAGCGGAGGACGGAGACCUUCCUGCUCUGAGACACUGGACCAGCCCGCAGACAGGAUGACUGAGGUGAUGAACUCUCUGGAGCCCGGUACAGAGGACUUCAGCGGGGGUGGAGCAGGAGCAGAUCAGGCCGCAAUCUUCCCGGAUACCCAUGAAAGAUAUCCAAAGCUGUCCAAGAGGCUUCCCUCCAUCGUGGUCGAGCCGAUGGAUGGAGCCGAGGUAGAGAGCGGCGAGCUCCGCUGGCCGCCGGACGAACCGAGCUCUCCGGACGGCCAAACGGAGAGGCCGAGUGCAGACGAACAAACGGAGAGGCAGAGUGCGGACGAACAAACGGAGAGGCAGAGUGCAGACGAACAAACGGAGAGGCAGAGUGCAGACGAACAAACUGCAGAUGAGGACCAGUCGAAUGUCGACGCGGACCAAGAGGCUUCAGGGGCGGAGAUUCAGGACUCGAACUGAACAAACGCUCCUCCUGCGUAAUCCACUGUGAGUGUGUUACUGUGAGUGUGUCCAGACUCGGAUGGAUGAAAAGGAGUCCAUUAGAAGAGCACGUUGCAUUGAUAGAAAGAUCACGGAGACAUUUUAGAGAGGGUAGAGAAACAGAUUUCCAAACCCCAGCUCACGGGCUUGGAUCCAGAGUCAUGUUAAAUACAUUUACAGAAGGUGUUUAGGUUUUUUCGUGCACGCUUCUUCCUCUGACGGAGGAGGUUAUUCUGACACAUGUAAGAUUAUAAAGAUGAUUGAAGGGAUCACAUUCCAGUUUGCCUUUUGGCUACUUUCAUUUCACGAGAAGCUGCCUUGAAAUGAAGAAAAUAUACUCUUGGCAGAAGACAAAGUUUUUAAUGUCAGAAUUCAAGCACCUAUUCUCCAGUUUAAAUAUUUGAGGGUUUUGUCGUCUAAUAAGACUGUUGUCAUAUUUCCAGCUUUGUGAUUUUGAUGUUUUUAAUUUGAAUAAACAAAAUGUUCUCUCUCUGGCUCCAAGCCCUCAUCGUCCACGAUAUCAUCUGGUCUGGACAGAUGUUUCUAAAUGCUGUCUUAAGUAUUUAGCUCAUGUGUGCCAUAUUACUACUACUACUUAUGGUAGCUACUGUAUUUUGUGCACAGUUUUUACAAUAACUCUAGACGUAAAUGACAUCACUGUAUGGUAAGUGCUGACUAUGUAGUUUUGGUGAUGCUUGGUCUCACUAGUCACUUUGUAAUAAUAGCUAGGAUGUUUUAAAGAACAGUGUUUGAUGAAGAACACCUUCAUCGCUUUAUUCGAUGUUAUUAAGACACAUUAUUUAAUAAAUUAUAAUAUGUCGUCUUCAUACAGUUGGUGUUAAAGAGAAUGUAAUUGUGUUCUGUUUUACUUAUUGGAGCAAUAUGUUCACAGGACUUUUAAAGGCAGUCAAUUUUGUUACAGAAGUUAAAAAUAACCAGUAUAUUUUAGAUGUGUGUCGCUUGUCACAGACAUGAUAUUUUUUAAAUUAUUGGAAGCCUAAAAUAUUGCACAAGUAAUAAACCUUUUCAAAAUUCUUA